CCACAAAUUAUCUAUCUAGAUGUUCAUAUAUACGCUAUGUUAUUGAUCUAGCUAGCAUUUCAUAUAGAAACAUCAUGGAACUCCAAAGUGAAAUGCAAGCAGCUAAACUUCUUAAAGCUCAAAGCCACAUUUGGAAUCACAUAUUCAAUUUCAUAAAUUCUAUGUCCCUUAAAUGUGCUGUUGACUUAAGCAUACCUGAAACCAUUUAUAAUUAUGGCCAACCCAUGCCACUCUCAAAGCUUAUUGCUUCAUUGCAAAUUCAUCCAUCAAAAUCCUCCUUCAUUCAUCGCUUGAUGAGAAUCUUGAUCCAUUCUGGCUUCUUCGCUACCAAGAAUGUGGCCAACAAUGAGCUCGAAGUCGGGUAUGUUCUAACGGAUUCAUCUAUGUUACUACUUAAGGACAACCCCUUGAGUGUGACGCCUUUCUUGCUUGCCAUGCUUGAUCCCAUCUUCACAAAACCAUGGCAUCAAUUGUCUCCAUGGUUUAGAAAUGAUGAUGCUACACCAUUUCAAACUGAACAUGGGAUAAUCUUUUUUGAGUUUUUUAGCCGUGAGCCUAAAUUUAAUAAUCUUUACAAUGACGCCAUGGCAAGUGAUGCCCGAUUAGUUUGCAAUUUGUUGCUUGAUGACAAGUACAAGGGCGUGUUUGAGGGUUUGGAAUCAUUGGUUGAUGUUGGUGGAGGCACUGGAACUCUUGCAAAGGCCAUUGCCAAAUCAUUUCCCCAAUUGGAGUGCAUUGUAUUCGACCAACCGCAUGUUGUUGCUGGCUUCGAAUUUGAAGGGACUGAGAACCUUAAAUAUAUUGGAGGAGACAUGUUUGAGGCCAUUCCUCCCUCUAAUGCUAUUUUGUUGAAGGUUAAGGACUAAUCCGUCGCGGAUCUGAGCUCUAUUUAAGGGUCUGCCACUGGCCAAUGAGUUGCUAUAUGCACAAGGCGGGGUUCGAACUCCCGACACUUGCUUAAGCGGACGAGUGAGGUGACCACUCGACCAACCCAAGUUGGUUGCCUAAAUACCCAAUAUGAUAUAUGUAGGGAUGGCAAAUGGGUAGAAACGCGCAAGGCCGACUCGUGUAAUUCGCUAAAAAGGGCGGAUUGAGCUAGAAAUUUGAGACCGUUAUAAUAAAAAAAUCUGCCUAACUUGCACCUUCUAAUCGGUUUUGACGGAUUUUGACAUGGUGGGAUGGGUUUGCCUGGUGGGCUUUUGGUUUUAAGAUAAUAAUUGAAUUUGGAACAUUAUUUCUGUACUUAUAUUUGAAAUAUUUGUUUGUUUUACUUUAAGUUAUAAUUUAGACUAUAUUUGACUAAUUAAAGACUUGGACAAUGUUUAUUAUAUACUUUGAACAAUGUUUGUUUUGUUUUGGACAAUGUUAAUUUUAUUAUUUUUUUAAAAAAACUUUGUUGACAAUUAUGUUUAUUAAAUAUUUAGAAUUAUAAAAUCUUUAGUAGUUGUGAAUUUAGAAAUUAUAAUUUUUUAUAUCUUUAAAAAUUAUAAAUUUAUUAAAAUAUUUAUGAAAUUAUUUUUUUAAUAUUUAAUAAUUUAAUAUUUUUUUUAAAAAAUGGUGGGCUUAUCCUACCAAUUUUUCAUUAGAUAGAACGGGAUAAAAAUUUGGGACCGUCUUAAUAAACAGGACGGAGCGAAUUAGUCUAUUAAAUGGUGGGCUUUUAACGCGGUGGGUAGGGCGGGGCGGGCAAACCCACCUGCCACCCCUAUAUGUACAGUACUCCUUUUCAUAUAGACGAUGAACGAAUCAAGUUGAGUUGGUCUAGUGGUUAGUUUACUAAUCUGCUUAAAUAAGUAUGAGGGACUUAAAUCCUGUCUUGUGUAUGUAGUAAUUUAUUGGCCAACAAUAAACCUUUAAAUAGAACUUUAAUUCACAGUAAAUUAAUCAUUGACUUGUCAAGUUAAAAAAUAUCAUAAAAAAUAAAAAAAAAUAUAGGUGAUGAACAAAUAAGAAUCUAAUCAAAUAAUAAUAAAUGUUUAAUAUC